AUGAUCACCAUGCUUAGCAGCAAUCUCUCUCUCUUUUCUCUGGUCACCUUUCUCUGCAUUUGUUUCUACGUUGGAAGUUCCCAUGCAAAUAAGUGUGCUGAGACGGACAGGCAAGCUCUUCUUAAAUUGAAAGACGGUUUCAUUGAUAAAUGGAACUCUCUUGACUCAUGGAAAGGUGAAGAUUGCUGCAAGUGGGAAGGAAUUUCAUGCGAUAAUUUAACUGCUCAUGUAACCAGCUUGGAUCUCCGUCAUUUCUCGCUCAAAGGUCAGAUGGAUUCUUCAAUAUGUGAACUGAAACAUCUCACUUUCUUUUAUCUCAGUCAUAAUGAAUUAGAAGGAAUGAUCCCAAAGUGCAUCGGCUCACUUGCUCAAUUGAUAGAGUUGAAUCUUGCGUGGAAUCAUCUGCUUGGUGGCAUUCCUCCAACUCUGCGGAACCUUUCCAACUUGCAAACUCUUGAUCUUGCCUAUAAUUUCUUGCUUGCGAAUGACCUUGAGUGGGUUUCUCGUCUUUCUACCUUGAAAUACCUUGAUCUGUCGCAUCUGGAUCUUAGUCAAAGUGCUAAUUGGCUAUCAUCAAUGAGCAAAAUCUCUUCUCUGUCGGAGCUUCGUUUAGAUGAUUGUGGGAUUGGUCAAGUCAUUCCUAAAUCUAUUCCCCAUAAUAAUUCUUCCACUUCUCUCAACACACUCAGUCUUUCGAACAAUCAGUUAGACUCUUCAACCCUGUCAUUGGUGCUGAAUGUCAGCAAAGUCCUCACAUAUCUUGAUCUCUCCUCUAACUCUUUGCAGCAUAAUAUUCCAGAUGGAUUUGUAAACAUGGUUUCUCUUUCCCAUCUACGAUCUCUAUAUCUCUCGCGUAAUGAGCUUGAGGGUAACAUACUAAAAUAUAUUCCGAGUUUGUUUCAGCUUAAAGAGUUACGAUUGGAAGGAAACGAAUUGUCUGGCAAACCCGUUGACUACAUACGACAGUUGUGCUCUGCACAAGAUGGUUUAGAGGUUUUGGAUCUCAGCUAUAACCCGUUUAGUAGUGCACCAUUUCCUGAUUUUUCAUGUCUUUCUUUCUUGAAGACAUUAUCACUUCGUUUUGCCAAUAUUGUUGAGUCGUUACCACAAUCAGUUAGUAAACUUGCCUCGUUAGAGGAAUUGGAUCUUUCCAAUAAUCAGUUGAAUGGGACACUUCCUUCCACUGUUUGGCAACUUUCUAGUCUUACGACACUGGUUCUCUCUUCAAACGAGUUGAACGGUGCAGACGUCAUUCGUGAGUCGCAUCUGUCAAAUCUAUCACAUCUAGAUCUCCGUGACAACCAACUAAGUGGAUCACAACCGUUGUUUGAGAUUAGUAAACUUGCCUCGCUAGAGGAGUUGGAUCUUUCCUAUAAUCAGCUGAAUGGGACACUUCCUUCCACUAUUUGGCAACUUUCUAGUCUUCGGAGAUUGGUGCUCUAUUCAAACAAGUUGACUGGUGUCCUUCGUGAAGGGCAUUUGUUUGAGAUUGGUAAACUUGCCUCGUUAGAGGAAUUGGAUCUUUCCAAUAAUCAGUUGAAUGGGACACUUCCUUCUACUAUUUGGCAACUUUCUAGUCUUCGGAGAAUGGUGCUCUCUUCAAACAAGUUGACUGGUGUGGAUGUCAUUCGUGAGGGGCAUUUGUCAAACUUAUCAGAGCUUGACAUCGCAUAUAACCAAUUAAGUGGAUCACAACCAUUAUUCGAGAUUAGUAAAAUUGCCUCGCUAGAAACGCUGGAUCUUUCCAAUAAUCAGUUGAACGGGACACUUCCGUAUAAUCUUUGGGGACUUUCUAAUCUAACAAGUUUGUCUCUCUUCUCAAAUAAAUUGAAUGGUGUCGUUGAUGAAUCACAUUUAUCAAACCUGUCUCAAUUGGAAGAUUUAAAUUUAGCUGGAAAUGCACUCACAUUCAAUUUUAAUUCAAAUUGGGUUCCACCGUUCCAACUCCAAAUAUUACUAGCAUCAUCAUGCAUCUUGGGUCCUAUAUUUCCAACAUGGCUCAAGAACCAAAGAGAACUUAGGGUCUUGGAUAUCUCUCGGAGUGGUAUUUCAGAUUCAUUGCCUAAUUGGUUUUGGAACCUGUCUUCAAGUUUGUCGUACUUGAAUGUUUCACAUAACAAAAUUAGUGGAGCAUUUCCACUGUCGUUACCAAGUACAAAAGGAAAUAGUAUGGACCGGAAUGUG